AUGAUAAUUAUAUAAAACUUGAAGUUUAUCCAAAAGAUUCUUCAUUGACAAAAAAUUAACUUAAAAUGUUGAUAAUUAACAAAAUCAGUAAGGAUUUUUUGUGAUAAUUUCAGAGCAUGUGAUAAAAUUGUCAUGCAAAAUUAUAGAAGGAUUAAUCCUCUUGUAAUGGAUGAUUUCGCCAUUUAUUUUUUUUCUCCACGCGCAGUGUCUAAAGUGGUGUACAACGAUUAGAUAAGCACUUCGGUUCAUAGUGCGCUUGGGAUACAGACCUCAUAAGAGACCGUGAUUUUGACGAACCGGUCUCAGUUCAAUACGCGUUUGCAUACUUGCAAAUUCAUUUGCUGGGAUGUUAUUAUAUUUUCAACUAAAAUAAUAACUUCUCUUUAAUAAUAAUGCUGUGAGACUAAGUGAAUCUGUCUAUAAAUUAAACAAAUUUUCCAAAACUCCGUUUAAAAACAAAAUCCGGAUUAUGAAUUUAUAGUCUUCAUUUUAGUGUGCAUUUUCGGAUAAAAAGUGAAACUGAUUUAUUUAAUAGUUGUACAUUUAAAAAAAAUAAUUCAAGAUGCCGACUUGCGCGAGUGACAAUUCUUUACACUUUUAUGGAUCUAGAAGUCCGUCUGGAUCACGCAGCAAUAGCGUGUCGCCAAUAUUGUCAAGCUCUCCUCUCUCUAGCUCGCCGACGCAAAUGAACAUGAUGACAAACUUUAAACGUUCUAUUUCAGACAUGUCAAACUCGUCUCAAUCUUCUACCUGGUCUGAAAAGUCUGCUAGUAGUGCAGUAGCAGCACCCACGAUAAUGUUGCGUAGGAAUAAAUGUAAGCAUCAAAAUCAACCACCAUCAGUAUCAUCACCACCAAUUGAUAACAAACAGCAUCCAAAAAUCAACAUACCUAAACGGGGUAUUUUGAUACGUUUAAUAAUGUGGUACUUUAAUUUCAUUGUUCACAUCGUCAGUGGUACGAUAAACACAACAUUAUUCAUGAUGCGAGCUCCAACAGUUUGGGCUUCUUUUUGGGUCUGCAUAUUUUUCGUGAUUCUCCAGUUGCCUCUGACAUUCCUUAAAUAUUUCAUCUCUAUUCUCUAUACACCGGCAUCUGAGCUAGCUCGUCACAAAAGAUGCGUGUUGAUAAGCGGUGGAAGUACCGUCCAAGCUGUACAUCUCGCCAGAAAUUUUCACAAAGCAGGCGCGAGAGUAAUCGUCUGUGAAAUAGAAGGUUUAUUUAGUCUAGCACGCUUCUCUAUAGCUUGCUCAAAGUUCUACACAGUCCCACGACCCAGCUUGAACAACGCAAUGGAGUACAUAAAAGCAUUGAAAAAUAUCGUCGAAAAAGAAAAAGCUACCUAUUAUAUACCAGUGAGUUCAACGAGCCCAGCUUACUAUGACGCGUUAGCAAAAAUUCAUUUAGAGACACUGGGUUGUGAGUGUUUUGUGCCUUGUGCCAGUGAAGUAACAGCUCUAGAUGACCCUUUGGAAUUAUUAAAACGUUGCCAGUCUGCGGGAUUAACAACUCCAGUUUAUUUUGUUCUGAAAUCCGUUGAUGAUGCUUUGUUGCUCUACGAAACUGGAGCGCUAAGAUCCGACAGACACAUGAUGCUGGCAGCAGGUCCAGCUGGUCUUCGAGAUCGCAUCAAACUCGCCUUACCGCCAAGUGCUCAAGAGUUUCAAAAUAUUCGUCACGAUAUCAGUGACAAGAAGCCUUGGGUAGUAAUCCGUGACCCGGGAGGUCCUCAUUACAUUACUUGUACGACAGUUAAAAAUUCAAAGGUGGUCGCCAAUGUUAUUUGCCGAGUUGAUGAAGCUAAAGGCUUGAUACCAGAGACGAGGAACGAUAUUCAGCAGUGGCUGGAACUUUUCUUCGCGCGCUCCUUCAGCUUGAUGCCUAUCAGCGGUCACCUGAGCUUCAGACUGGUCGCUUCUGAAAAUAAUGAGAUCUUUCCAAUAGGAUGUCGCGUUGGUGUGGGCUUACCUUAUGUCUGUUUGACGAGUGUCCAUCCGCGACUAGUUUGGCGACCCUGCAGGCACUUUUCACGGCAAAGCUCGGGUCCACUGCUGGUCGGUGAACCCUGUCAGAUCAAAGAAAAAGCUUUUCCAAGUGCCUUAAAGCAGGCUGCUGAUAAAGCAACCAAUUUCUUCGGCAGUGUCCUCAACAAAAGGGAAGCUCUUUUUGUUUACUGGGACCCUUUGCCUUACUGCGCUUACUAUCAUCUUCAAUUGCCGUUCAUACGCAUUGCAGGAGCGCUCAGGGCGCAGCCUCAUCAACAUAAUCCACCUCUUGCUGUUGUACAGUGAAUGUUCUAGGACAUAAAAAAAUAAACUGAUGUAUUUA